AUGUCUCUCAAACAGGAAAUCGAAAGCUGGGUGGAAGCUCUAGAAUACUACGACAAUGAGCAAUACGAGAAUGCUCUCGAGAUAUUCGAGCAGAAUGCGGAUACCUCAAAGAUCUACUUCAACAUUGGCAUGAUCCAUGCCACUCUCGGCCAGCACGAGAGAGCUGUCGAAUCCUACGCGAGAGCUGUUAAGCUCGACUCGUUCCUUGCCGUGGCCUACUUCCAGAUGGGAGUGUCGAAUUUCCUCCUCGGCGAGUUCGCGGAGGCAAUGGCGAACUUCAACGAAUCAUUGCUGUACCUGCGGGGAAACACCUUGAUUGACUACGAGCAGCUGGGCUUGAAGUUUAAGCUGUAUUCGUGCGAGGUGUUGUUCAACCGGGGUCUUUGCUACAUCUACAACGAAGAGUUGGCGCUAGGCAUGACAGAUAUGGAGUACGCGGCAAAGGAGAAGCAAGUAGAGGAUCAUAAUGUUAUUGACGAGGCUAUCAAGGAGCAGGCUGAGGGUUACACAGUCUUCUCGGUUGGUGUUGGCGUAUUGUACCGCCCCAACGAGUCGAAAGUACGAAACGUCAAGACGAAAGAUUACUUGGGCAAGGCUCGGUUGGUGGCUGCAUCAGAUGCUCAGAACGCCUUCACUGGCUUCACCGGUGUGGAAGUGAAGAAGCAAGAGAUGGCCGCAACCGCCCCGCUCGACGACCGCCCCGCGGCGGAGAUAUCCUUCGCCGCCAGCAACCUUGUCAAGGCUGACCUCACUUCCCGCAUACGUGCCGAGGAAGCUCCAGCGCCCAAAGAUACACCGUCCAGUCUGCGAGGUGAGCGCCAGGCAUUCCCACCAACGCCACCCCCGGAGAACGAAUUCUCGGCGAAUAAACCAAUGCGGGCGAAUACCGUCGCCAACAUGGGUGGGCAGGGAGGUAUGGGCGGAGGACGUUCCCCAUCCACCCGGGGGCGAGAUGAUAAGGCGCGCGAUGAAAGUCGCAAUCGCGGAGAUCAGCGCGAUAGGUUGGAUCCCACUGGAUAUGGCCCACCUCCACGCCGCCCUACGGUGCAUGCCGGCGUACCGAUCAUGGAGCCCCGCCGGGCAUACUCCUCUGUGCGAGGAGCAGCACAACCUCCGGUGUCGGCGAGAUCUCGGUCCGUGCGUGCGCCAUCGCAGCAGAGGGGCGAGCCUCCACAGCGCCCGGCCGAUAGGAGCGAUCGAUCCCAAUACUCGGACGAAUAUCAGAGUAAUCCCUACAAUGACGACGUUUACGAUUUGUAUGGUGCUGAGUCUCGGGAACCGUCUGUUGCCCCGAGCCGGCGCGGGCUCGGGAGCGUUCGUCGUGGUCCCAGUCGGCGUGCGCCGCCUUCUUCUCGGUACGAGGAAGACGAGGAAUAUGCGAGUGACGCGUAUGAGGGCUCGUCAUUUGACGAGGACGAGUUCGAGAUGCUGGAUAGCAGGAGUAUGCGCAGCGGGGCUUCACGUCGGAUUGAAGUGAAAAAGAUCAAAGUCAAGGCACACGGCGAGGACACUCGGAUGAUCAUGAUCACCACCGGCAUCGAGUACAACGAAUUCGUCCAACGGCUGAAGGAGAAGUUCGGGUUCCAGGGCAACGUGCGGUGCAAGAUCCGCGAUGAGGACGGAGACGGCAUGAUCAGUGUCUCUGAUCAGGAGGACCUAGACAUGGCCAUCUCGUCUUGUAAGAAGGCGGCCCGGCGUGAGAAGUCCGAGUUUGGAAAGCUCGAGAUCUGGGUUCAAGAGGCGAAGUAA